GAUGAUGACGAGGUUGAAGAAGAUGAUGAUUCGAUUCAAGCAGGUCUCGCCAGAAAAGAUGAAACCGAAGAAGAAAAAAAAGAACGUUUAGAAUCCAUUAGAUUAGAAAAGGAACGUUUAAAGGAAAUUAGAGCCCAACAGCGUAAACAAUUAAAAGAGCUUCAAAAUAAUCAAAUGGCCCAAUUACAAGAAGAUAAAGAAAAGUCAGCCAGUGCCAGAUUAAAAUAUCUCUUAGAAAGAACUGAAAUCUUCACUCACUUUGUUUCAAACAGUCAACAAACUAAAAAGAAAGAAACUAAAUCACCAACUUUAUCAUCUCAAAAUGGUUCAAUAUCAGCAACACCAACUAAAAGAGGCCACAUAACUGAAAAAGCAGAGGAUGAUGAAAUUAUGAAAGGAGCCAUUGAAGAAGAAGAGCCACAUUCUUUUAAUUUUUUUACCUCAAGUCCGCCAUAUAUUAAAAGUGGUACAAUGAGAGAUUACCAAGUUAAUGGCUUAAAUUGGUUAAUUCAAUUAUAUGAAAGAGGUAUUAAUGGAAUUUUAGCAGAUGAAAUGGGUUUAGGUAAAACUUUACAAACUAUUUCACUUUUGGGUUAUUUAUCAGAAUAUAAAGGUAUUAGAGGUCCACAUCUUAUUAUUGCACCAAAAUCAACUUUAUCUGGCUGGACUAAAGAGUUUGCUAAGUGGUGUCCAUUCCUUCGUGUUGUCAAGUUCCACGGUAGCAAAGAAGAAAGAGAGGAAAUAAAGAGAAAUAGUUUAAUUUUUAAAAAAUUUGAUGUUUGUAUAACUACAUACGAAGUUGCAAUUAGAGAAAAAGCUGCAUUUAAAAAGUUCAGUUGGAGAUAUAUUAUUAUUGAUGAAGCUCAUCGUAUCAAAAAUGAAAAUUCAGUACUUUCAAAAGGUGUUAGAUUAUUUAACAGUCAAUUUAGAUUAUUAAUUACAGGUACCCCAUUACAAAAUAAUUUACACGAAUUAUGGUCAUUAUUAAAUUUCUUAUUACCAGAUGUAUUUUCAUCAUCAGAAGAUUUUGACAAAUGGUUUGAUUUGGCAAAUACAGAAAAUCAGCAAGAAGUUAUUGAUAAAUUACAUAAAGUUUUAAGACCAUUUUUAUUAAGAAGAUUAAAAAGUGAAGUAGAAAAAUCACUUCCACCAAAGAAAGAAAUUAAGUUAUUUGUUGGUCUUUCUUCAAUGCAAAAAGAUUGGUACAAGAGAUUAUUAACUAAAGAUAUUGAAGCUGUAAUGAAUCCAGGUUCAAAGGGUCAAGCUGCUCGUGUAAGAUUAUUAAAUAUUUGUAUGCAGCUAAGAAAGGCAUGUAACCAUCCAUAUCUUUUUGAUGGUGCCGAGGAAGAGCCAUACACAACAGGUGAACAUUUAAUUACAAAUAGUGGUAAAAUGGUACUUUUGGAUAAAUUAUUAAAGAAACUUCAAGAAAGAGGCUCAAGAGUUUUAAUUUUCUCGCAAAUGGCUCGUAUGCUUGAUAUUCUCGAAGAUUAUAUGUUAUACCGUAAUUAUCGUUAUGCAAGAAUUGAUGGUUCAACUGACUCAGUUUCAAGAGAAAAUUCAAUUGAUAAUUUUAAUAAACCUGGUUCAGAGUUAUUUGCUUUCCUUCUUACAACCAGAGCUGGUGGUUUAGGUAUUACUUUGAAUACUGCCGAUGUUGUUAUUCUUUUCGAUAGUGAUUGGAAUCCACAAAUGGAUCUUCAAGCUCAAGAUCGUGCCCAUCGUAUUGGUCAAACCAAACCAGUAACAGUUUACCGUUUCGUUACAGAAGCCUCAAUGGAAGAGAAAAUGGUCGAAAAAGCUGAAAUGAAACUUCAAUUAGAUGCUUUGGUUAUUCAACAAGGUCGUUUGGUGGAAGCCAAUAAAAAUGCCAAACCAGAGGAACUUUUAGCUAUGCUCAGAUUUGGUGCUGAUGAUAUGUUCAAAAGUAAGAGCUCAACUAUUACUGAUGAAGAUAUUGAUUCAAUUCUCAAGAAGGGUGAGGAAAAAACUGAACAAAUGAAUAGUAAAGUCAAAGAUUUAGCAAAUAACCCAAUUAAAUUCCAAUCUGAUGGUAACCUUUACGAAUUUGACGGUGUCAACUAUAGAAACCAACAUUCAAGUGCAACUUUUUGGGCUGAUACAUUAAAGCGUGAAAGAAAAACUGUUGCAGUCGAUGAAGAUUUUAGUAAAAUGGUUACUGGUCAAGUUAGACCUUCACCAAUGGUAAAGAGAGAAAGACGUUUCAAUAAACCAAAGCAACCACCACUUUACGACUUCCAAUUCUAUCCACCAAGACUUACUCAACUCUAUGAAAAAGAAACUGAAGCAUACAACAGAAAAGUAGAAUGGUAUGAUCAAAAAGAUAAAGAAAAAGAAAAAGCAGGUAAUAAUCCAACAGAGAUAGAAGAUGAAGAAGAACCAGAUUUUGGUGAUCUUAAUAAAGAAGAACAAGAAUCCAAAGAAAAAUUACUCAAAAGUGGUUUUGGUGAUUGGACAAAGACUGAUUUCAAAUCGUUUAUUCGUGGCUGUGAGUUAUAUGGUAGAAAAGCUUAUCAAAGUAUCGCUGAAGAAAUUGGUACUAAAACCGAUAAACAAGUUCAACAAUACUCCCAAGUAUUUUGGAAGAGAUUCGAGGAAGUUAACGAACACGAAAAGCAUGUAUUGCGUAUUGAAAAAGGUGAAGAAAGAAUUCUUCGUUAUAAAGAACAACAAGAAUCAUUAAAUCACAAGAUUUCAAAAUAUAAGAAUCCAUGGCAACAAUUAAAAAUUCAAUAUGGUAUUAAAAAGAAUAAAACCUAUAAUGACGAUGAGGAUAUCUUUUUAGUGUGUAUGAUUCAUAAGCUUGGAUAUGGCGCAUGGGAAGAACUCAAAGAGGAAAUUAGAAAAUCACCACAAUUCCGUUUCGAUUGGUUAAUUCAAACUAGAACACCAAGCGAGUUAAAGCAAAGAUGUGACCAAUUAUUAAAAUAUAUUAUUAAAGAGCAUCAAGAGGAAAUCGAACACCAAAAAGAAUUAGAAAAGAAGAAAAAG